CUGUGAGAGCUGCACCGAGCUGCGGGGGGAGAGACGGGCUGUGCCGACAGCAGAUCCGUGUUCGGUCGGACAGAAGCAACACAGGCUUUCAACAAGUGAUCCGGGUUGGCCCAUCCACAUCAACAGUGCCGUGCGGGCCAGGCGUGGGCCAGGUGCGGUUGAGCCAGCAUGGCGGACGUGGAGCCGGUGAAGCGGAUGCUGCGGGCGCUGCUGCAGGCCAGUAAGGGCGGCGUGUCGCUGGGCCGCCUGCAGGCCGAGUACAAGGAGCUGACGGGCGAACUCAUCCCCUACAAGCAGCUGGGCCACGCCACCCUGGACGCUCUGCUCCUCACCAUGCCCUCUCUACUGCGCAUGGAGCGCAGCCGCACCGGGGAGAUGGUGUGUUAUGCCACGGUGGGCAGUGAGACGGCGCACAUUGCCAAGCUGGUGGCACGGCAGCGCACUGCCAAGAAGACCGGCCGCCCACAGCUGGUCAACUGCCAGAUGAGGGUGAAGCCCGCCGCCCCCCUGGUGCUGAAUGCCAAGCCCAGGACGUCGCUACGGCAACCGGAUCACCGGGGACGACUGGGCCGGGGGGGCGCGCGUCCCGGAGCGUACGCGGACUCUCGCCAGGGGCAUGUGAGGGACGCGCAGGCCGACGCCAGGGGCAACGCCGCCCACAACAAAGCCCAGAGCGCACCUGUGCGGAAGGGCUCCUCCGCCUCUGACAGGCCAGACAAGAGGAUGACCCUUCCCUCCAGGUUUCAGAAGGAGGUCCAUGCCCACCUCUCCAGGAACCCACAGCAGGGCAAUGCCCCUGCCAACCUAAACGAGAGCUCCCCGCAGGCAAAGGCCAGGACGGCCCCGUCGGGGUCCUACAGCCCGCAGCAGGUGCAGGGCCGUCUGAGGGAGAUCCUGAGCAAGUACAGCAAUGGCCUCUGGGUGUCCAAGCUGCCGCAGCUCUACAGGGAGCUCUACAAGCAGGAGCUGCCCGCAGAGGCCCUCAGAGACCUGGAGCAGUGGACACACGUCUGCACCCUGGAGAAGCCGUGCAGCACCAACCCUGCUGAGCUGCUCCUCUACCCGGCCAAAGAGUCCAGCAGCAGCAGCAGCAGCAGCGGCGGUGGGGGCCCCCCCGGCACCCCGACCCCCCCGCGGAGCGAGCGCCACUCUCCUGUCGCCCAGAAGCUGCCUCCUCCCCGCACACCCACCCCCACCACCACCACCACCGCCACCACCCCUGCCACUGGCACCUCGCCCGCUUCACCCCCCGGUGGCCCGGUUGGCACGGCGACGCCCCCCUCCCUGACCCCGGAGCUGCGGCGUAACCUGGGCGAUCUGUUGCUAAGAUACAGCAGCGGUCUGUGGGCGCACGCGCUGCCCAAGCUCUACCAGGACACCUACAAGAGCGCGCUGCCCGCCCACGUGCUCCAGGACCUCGCGCUGCUGCGCGACUUCUGCACCGUCGACUACCCCAUGCCCGACAACCCCAAGCGCGCCAUCCUCUACGUGCGCACCGCCGCCGCCGCCGCCGACGCCGACGAGAACUGCAACCGGGCGCGGCCGGACGGGGACGCGGACGCGGAGGCCAAGGCGGAGGCGGGCAAGCGUCCGAGUUGCCAGGCGCAGGUGCCCGCGCUGCAGAUCCCGCGGGAGGAGUACCCGUCAGUACUGGUGGUGGAGGCGGCCUGCACCAACAGCGUCGUGCUCAGGUACAUCGGCGAGGGCUACUCCCAGGCGCAGGAGAAGUUGGAGGACGAGAUGCGGGAGUUCUACGGGCAGGACAACACCAGGAAGCCGCUGACCAACCCCGCCUCGGGGCAGCUGGCGGCGGUGCGCGCUGAGGAAGAGGAGGAGAUCCUGCGCGCCCAAGUGUGUGAGGUCACGGCCGACAAGGUCAAGGUGUAUUACGUGGAUCAUGGCUUCUCAGAGGUCAUCAGCAAAGCCAAGCUGCUGGAGCUGCACGACAAGUUCUUCAAACUGCCCUUUCAGGCCACCAAGUGCAAACUGGCCGGACUGGAGCAGUUCAGCCAGGAGGCGUGUGUGCUGAAGAAGUUUGAUUCCAUGGCGAGUGGGAAGAUCCUGCUGGCGGAGAUUCUGGAACGCCAGGAGACGCCGCUCAUGGUCCUGUACGACACGUCGCAGGAUGAUGAUGUCAACAUCAACGCGGCCUGCAUGAAGUCCCUGCAGGACAAGUCCCUGGAGAGCCCUCUGCAGGUGAACAGUGCCUACAUGAAUGUGAGUGUGACGAGUGUGUGUUCGGACGGCACCAUCUACUGCCAGCUGCCCUCCCGAGGCCUGGCCAAGCUCACCGAGGUGCUGGGCAAGACCGAGGCCUACUUCCACUCUCAGGUGACGUCGGAGUUCCUGGUGUCCCGGCCGUUCUGUGGGAAGGGCUGUCUGGCGCGCUACAAAGGCAAAUGGUCUCGAGUCGAGAUCACCAAUCUCCAUGGCAGCCGAGUACUGGACAUCCUGUUCAUUGAUUUGGGGGUUCAGGCGUCCGUAGAGGUCAUUGAGUUGAGGGAGUUCCCGCCCCCCCACCUGCGUGACCUCAUCGCCAUCCCACCCCAGGUGGUGAAGUGUUGUCUGGCUGAUCUAGCGGUCAGCGUGGGAUCCUGGACCCCAGAUGCUGUUCAGUGGCUUAGAGACACAGUACUGCACUGUACUGACUGCAGUAUAAAGAUUGCCAGACAGGAGGAGAGCAGGCGCCUGACGCACGUGCACCUGUUCACCAGUAAGAACUUCCAGGACGUCAGCCGCAGCAUCAACCGCCAGCUGGCCGACUCGGAGCUGUGGAAGCACCAGAAGGACGUCUUCCUGUCCAGCCACAAAACACACACACACACACCCACGACCACACACACGCACCGCUCCGCAAGCCCCACCUCCACCUCCACCACCUCCACCUCCACCAAUGGCACGCGAGCGCCUCAGCUCCGACGUGCCCAUUCGCUCCCGGGCACCAGGGGCACUCCGCCCACCUCGCCCACACACAACAACGCCGUUGCCACGACAACUGCCCCCCAGGGGUGUCUGCAGAUGCCCCCGCUGCUGGAGCUGCCCCCGGCGGGGCAGAACCUGGACGUGUACGUGUCGGUGGCCUGCCACCCGGGGCACUUUGUGCUGCAGUCCUGGCAGGACAUGUACAAGCUGGUGGUGCUGAUGGGGGAGAUGAUCCUGCACUACAACAAGACCGACGACAAGCCCGUCGCCGCCGAGAAGAACCAGGUGUACGCCGCCAAAGUGGACAACAACUGGCACCGUGUGCUGGUGAAGGGCAUCCUGACCAACGGCUUGGUGUCCGUCUACGAGCUGGACUACGGCAAACACGAGCUGGUCAGCUGCACCCAGCUGCGUCCACUCAUCCAGGAGUUCCGGCAGCUGCCCUUCCAGGGAAUCACUGCCCAGCUAGCAGGUGUGAAGCCUCGGCAGUGGUCGGAGGAGGCGUCCAUCGUGUUCCGUAACCACGUGGAGAAGAAGCCGCUGGUGGCCCAGCUGGAGGCUGUGAAGGAGGCGCCCAGCGCCUGGGACCGCAAGGUGACCGUCUACCUGGUGGACACCUCUCAGGAGGAGCACGACGUCUGGGUGCACGACAUCAUGGCCGAGUUCGCCGACGAGCUCACCAAGGCCGCCUAGCAACAAUCGCUACAACAACAACAACAACAGCAGCAGCAGCAGCAGCAGCAGCAACAGCAGUGUGCACGAGAAGGGGCCGGCCCGUUAGCAAGCAAGCAAGCAAAGCAAAGCGGUGGGAUAAAUUAGCGACUAGUGAAGCUAGUCUCACGCGAGUGUGUCGUGUGCGUGCGUGCGUGCGUGCGUGCGUGUGUGUGAGCAACUGGUGUGUUUAGGGAUGUUGUCCAGGGUGUCUCUGUUCUCUUAUACGACCCCUCGAGGUCUACAGUCUUACAGGGCUUUCAGGUUGAGGUAGUGUACAAGCAGGAUGAGAGACCGGCGGGGGAAGUCUCGACACAGUGUAGGAUUUAACAAGUACUGAGCAUGCUCUAAUCAUCACUUGUGAGGCGAUAAACAAAGUCAUAAGGUCUGCUUUGGCGAGCCAGAAGGGAUGCUUUGUUCAGUGACAUGUUUCUUAUAAAGAGUUGAAUUACAGUUUUGUUUGCUCAGUCAGAUGCUAACGUUAGCUCAACCUGUGGAGAAGGUCCUGUACUUUGUGGUACAGUGUGUUUCUAGUAGGCCUACUGGCAAACACCGGACUGGAAAGUCAAGCUUGGAAUUCAGGUGAAGUGUGUUGCCUCCAGCCCUGGUUAACAGAGGGGGUAAAAGUGGCCCAUUAAUGUGCUUCCAGCUUAUCACAUCAUCCAGCAAAAAGGUCUGAGCUAGCAUGCUAGCACCUCUGACAUGGCUUUAAGAUUUCAAAGCUUUCAAAGCUCAACGCACAAGAUGAAAACAAUUUUUCACAGAAGUGAGAACUUGGGGUCUCCCAAUAGUGUAGACUCUCAAACGGGAUUUGGACUUGAGCGGGAUUGAAAUGGCACCAAAUCGUGGGUCUUCCCAGUUCUAGAGCCCAGUUCUAGAGCCCAGUUCUCGGUCCAUGGGGGCAUUCCAAGCCCAUGAUUCUGUGGUUGAUCUGAAUAAGUCAAAGUAUAAAAGUAAAGCGAUUGGUAUUUAGCAGUCACUUUUAUCCAGAGCUGCACAGAUUUGUGACGCUGGGUUCUGGAAUCAAGCCCAUGCCCACUGUCAGGCAGUGAAGCUACUGCGGUUUCACCACACCAGCAGUGGACGAACACAACGUGGUCAAUCUUCUAAUAAAAGUCAAAUCAAGUCCCCUCUGUUUACUCAACGCCUUUUGCACACCUCUUUUGUGGGGACAGGUGCGUCGGAAUAGGUUACCCAGUUAUACUUGUAAAAGAGAAUCCCGCACACUGUCAAUUACGCAUGCAAACAUUUAUUCAGAAUUCACAGGAAUUCAUGGGAUUCUCUUUUGCAAAUCAAGUCCCCUGUGAAGAGUUAAACAGUCGAGUUCCACUGCUCUAUAACAGUUUUCUCUCAUCAUGAUGACAUGAUUAUGCAUUUUAAGGUUUUGAGUAAUUGGGCGGUUAGAACCCUCCCAUAUUGUAUCUCUGUGACCUUGCAGUUAUGUUUUGCUAGGAGAACAAGGUCGUCGGGCUCUUAAUUAGAAGUUCACCAAUUACUCUGACUUAACUUAUCUGGAUCAGUCACUAAACAGUGUGCUUGGAAGGCCACCCCUGGGAUCUGACUUAAGAGUAAGAUGUUUACAUAGGCCUGCUCAACAGUCUGACAUUCUGCAGUCUGAUAUUUUAACAGGUUUACAAGAAAAACAAAUGUAGCGAUACAUUCCUUUUCCUCCAUCGAUAUGUGACAAAGCCAUUUGGUCUGCUCUUAGUUCAGCUACAGCGCUGCAGUACUGCUCCUGGGGGAAGGGGGCACUAGACUAUUUAUCUCCUUUUAAUGUUGUUUAACUUUUGUCUUUAGCAUAGAUUGGCAGAGUUCAGUUGCAUGACUUGAGUGGGAUUUGCUAAAGGUGUGUAACAUAGCUCAGGCUUGUUUUAAGCUUCUGGUGAUCAAAUGGCUGAAUUAUAUUGACAUCAAAACCAACAGUCUUGACAAACCUUUAACACUAAGCAUUAAUGUGUAUGGUUGCAGCGCGGGGUUGAACGCAUAUUCAGAAAUGUUUUAGGAAUAAAGGUAAUUACAAAACUCA